CAGAGGGUGCGCAGGAUAACACUGGCAACAGUUUCUCUCUCUAUAAAAAUAGUCAGCCAGUUGUCCCAUAGUCAGCGAGCGUCAGUCACUUAACCUUUUUCAAUUUAUUUUUCUCUUUUUCAAAAAAAUCAUUUUCUUCCUUCUUCAUCUUCUUCGUUUGAAUCUCCGUUUUCUCUCCGUCCACAACGAAGCUCGUCUCGACAGAGCACACAGUAAUUUCGUUUCGUUUCCAAAAUUCUCUCCUUUAAGUUUCUGUUUCGUUAGUUAACGUCGUCAAGCAAUGGAGGGCCUUCCCUCUGGCUACCGUCCUCACGUCGGCGUCUGUCUCAUCAACUCUGACUCUCAGGUUUUUGUGGCGUCAAAAUUGAAUGUUCCAGGAGCAUGGCAGAUGCCUCAGGGGGCCAUUGAAGAUGGUGAGGAGCCCAAGUCUGCAGCCUUAAGGGAAUUGCAAGAAGAAACUGGAGUAGUGUCUGCUGAAAUUAUUGCUGAGGUACCAAAUUGGUUGACUUAUGACUUCCCUCCUGCUGUGAAAGCCAAGGUGAAUCGUCUGUGGGGAGGUGAAUGGCAUGGGCAGGCACAGAAAUGGUUCCUUAUGAGAUUAACAAAUGAUGACAGUGAGAUCAACCUAGGAAAUGCAGACCCAGAAUUUGCAGAGUGGAAAUGGGCAAGUCCUGAUGAAGUUAUCGAGCAGGCAGUCGACUACAAGAGGCCGACAUACGACGAAGUCAUGAAAACGUUCGGGCCUUACCUCACCGACAAUGGACGAACUGCAAAAUGUAAAUCAACGAAAUGGUAAAUGAACGGUGCGGAUUUGCUUUUCUAAGCCUCUUCAAUGUUUGUUCUUCUCUGUAAAUGGAUGUGACAGUUAGAGCUUGAUAUUUGGUGGUUGUUUCGUUGUAAUAAAAUCUGUGUAAGAGAUGUAGAUAGCCUUUUAUUUCUGAAUUCUAACUAUGAUUUCCCUUUCUCAAUUGACAAUGGAUUUUCUACAA